AAGAUUAAUUAAAUAAUUAGGGGAGAAAAGGGACAAAAAGGAAGAAUGAAAGUCUUGGGUUUGUUCAGUGGUUUCAUUUCUUGCUUAUUGAUUACUUUGGGGAGGGGGCGGCUGGUUGUACCAACUCUCCCUCAGAUUUAUUGAUCCGCGCCACCGCACCGUUCCUCUCUCUCCGGUUGCUUCCCGAUCAACUUCCCUCUCUUCCUCUCCAGUCAUGUCCAGGUCCCGAGUUUACGCCGACGUCAAUGUUCACCGCCCUAGAGAUUACUGGGAUUACGAAUCUCUCGCUGUCCAAUGGAGUGGUCAAGAUGAUUAUGAGGUUGUCCGGAAAGUUGGAAGAGGAAAGUAUAGUGAGGUAUUUGAAGGUAUAAAUAUCACCAACAAUGAAAAAUGCAUUAUCAAGAUUCUUAAACCAGUCAAGAAGAAGAAGAUAAAGCGGGAGAUAAAGAUACUACAGAAUCUCUGUGGUGGCCCAAAUAUUGUGAAGCUGCUAGAUAUAGUCAGAGAUCAGCACUCAAAAACUCCUAGUUUAAUCUUUGAAUAUGUGAACAGUACAGAUUUCAAAAUUUUGUACCCUACACUGACUGAUUAUGACAUACGCUACUAUAUAUACGAGCUUUUGAAGGCAUUGGAUUUCUGCCAUUCACAGGGCAUAAUGCAUAGAGAUGUAAAGCCUCACAAUGUUAUGAUUGACCAUGAACUGCGAAAACUUCGGUUGAUUGAUUGGGGUCUUGCUGAGUUCUACCAUCCUGGAAAGGAAUACAAUGUCCGAGUGGCAUCUAGGUAUUUCAAAGGUCCAGAACUUCUUGUAGAUUUACAAGACUAUGACUAUUCCUUGGAUAUGUGGAGCCUGGGUUGCAUGUUUGCUGGAAUGAUUUUCCGGAAGGAACCCUUCUUCUAUGGUCAUGACAAUCACGACCAGCUUGUCAAAAUUGCUAAGGUGUUGGGGACAGAUGAGUUGAAUGCAUAUCUGAAUAAAUAUCAACUGGUUCUUGAUCCACAACUUGAAGCACUUGUUGGAAGGCACAGCCGUAAGCCAUGGUCAAGAUUUAUCAAUGCUGAUAGUCAGCAUCUUGUAUCCCCCGAGGCCAUUGAUUUUUUGGAUAAGCUUCUUCGAUAUGACCAUCAAGAUAGACUCACUGCAAGAGAAGCAAUGGCUCAUCCAUACUUCUUCCAGGUAAGAACUGCGGAGAACAGCCGGCUACGAACGCAAUAACCCCAUAUGCCAUAUUUGUAGGAAGUUAAAUUUGAAUAGCACUUUUGCUCAUUUGUGGCGUUAGUUUUUAAGCCUAGGUUAUAUUUUCCUACUCACCUAGGUGGUUAGGGCUCAUACAGAUGUUUGCCACUUCAAUGUUCUGUAAUAUUGUCAUUCUUAUACUACUACUCUCUUCCAACUCCACUGUACAUUUUCAUUUUUCCUUCUUCUUUAUGAGGUUUUACUAUGAAAAUUACUACUUUGGUUGCUA